GCAGCCUUUGCCUUUCAUCCCUCCGUGUACUUCCCUCGCUGGGCGGCAGGACUCAUCCCGCACCUCCGCAAAUCCCGGCGCGAUGCCGCUCAAGAAACCCGACCCGAAGAAGGAAGCAGCCAAAGCAGCUCCAGGCUCGGAGCCUGCCUUCGAUCCCAAGAGCGUGAAGAUUGAAUUCACGGCAGAGCAGAUUGAAGAGUUCAGAGAAGCCUUCGGGCUCUUUGACCGGACGCCGGCGGGGACGAUGCAGAUCAGCUUCGGCCAGUGCGGGGACGUCCUGCGGGCGCUCGGCCACAACCCCACCAACGCAGAGGUCCUCAAGGUGCUGGGCAAGCCCAAACCAGAAGAGAUGAACACGAAGAUGCUGGACUUUGAGACCUUCCUGCCCAUCCUGCAGCACUUCACCCGCAACAAGGAGCAGGGCACCUUCGAGGACUUUGUGGAAGGGCUGCGUGUCUUCGACAAGGAGGGCAACGGGAUGGUGAUGGGGGCCGAGCUGCGCCACGUGCUGGUCACGCUGGGAGAGAAGAUGACGGAAAGCGAGGUGGAGCAGCUCAUGGCAGGGCAGGAAGAUGCCAAUGGCUGUAUCAACUAUGAAGCUUUUGUCAAGCACAUCAUGUCUGGCUGAAACGAGAAAUUUCAGGUUCAUCCGAGAAGGAAUACUCUGAAUACUCUCAUCCCAAAGUUUCUUUGAAUUCAGCCCUCUCCUGCUUGUCUCCCAGGCUCUCAGAAAUGCUUGAGCCCACCUGAGCUCCAUGAAGAACAAGAUUCCUCCAUCCCUGUCCUUUCCCUGGCAUGUUUUGCCUAAGCUCUCGUGAAGCGUUGGCCACCACGAGUGUGUGCCUGAGCCUGGGGUUCAAUGACAUCUCUGCAAUUAGUUACUCUUUUCAGGUUUUCCCUGUGACAUUUGUCUCAUUAAAUUUCAUUCCUUCCUCCCUUA